AAACUGUUUUAGUCUGUCAUAGCUAAUUUACUAUGCCAAUUUUAAAGUACUGUUCAAGAUCUUAUGGGCAUAUGGCCACUGACGUAAUUUCGAAAGAAAUAUCUCUAUUGGAUUUAAAACUUACUUUCAUUGAUAAGCUACCAAAUUAAAUUACCUUGUACAUACAAUACGCUUUAAUACCUCAAAAUUCUAAAUAUGUACAUUAUCGAUAAAUAAUAUUGAACAUCGAAUCCAAAAAUUUGUCUUCAAAUACCAUAGAACAACAGACAACCAUAUCUUUUUAUUAUUUCACUAAACAUUUGCUUUCUACACAAAACUCUGCUGGAACAACAAAAAUUACACAUGUUUCUCACCAGGCAAAGCAAAGCACACCUGUAAACACUAUCUGGGUCCGAAAAAAUAAGCUACAACUUCAUCAAGGUGAGAAUAACAAAGCGAGACAGCGAGUAAUGACGCCAAUCGCAACAACACCUUCCUGCAUUUACACAACUGCAUAGUCACUACACUUGCCCUAACUAUUUGUACAACUGCAACCCCCGGUAUAUAACUGGCGCGUGCCGGAAGAAUCGGCAUCAAUCGGCAAAGUUCCGUCGACCAUGCAGAUCCCAGCGAUUUUCGUCACGUGCCUGCUCACAUGGGGCCUGGUGCACGCAAGUAUCGAACUCAGUGCCCCCAAGCAGGAGUCUGCCCUCGCGGAGCAACUCCUAUUGAAGAACGUGGACACUAGCGCGAAGCGAAAGGAGAACGGCGCCCCGAAACUCGGCGAGAGCACAGCUGCGGCUCUGGCUAGUACCAAGGCAACUGCAGCCGCAGAGGCUAAGGCAUCCGCCAAAGUGAAAGCUUCUGCCUUGGCCCUCGCUGAGGCUUUCUUGCGUGCGUCGGCAGCGUCUGCUGCUGCUACGGCCAAAGCUGCUGCCGCUGUAAAAGAAGCAACGCAGGCACAGCUGUUGGCACAGGAGAAGGCUUUGAUAGCGUUGAAAACUCAAUCUGAGCAACAAGCUGCCUCUGCUCGCGCGGACGCCGCGGCUGCCGCAGCCGCAUCCGCGCUAGAACGCGCCCAGGCCUCCUCCAGAGCGGCCACCAUCGCCCAAGACGUUUCCAGCGAUUUGGAGAAACGUGUCGCCACCUUAGCCGCCGCUGAAUCAGGUGCCACCCUCAGAGCAGAACAAUCCGCCGCGCAAUCGAAAUGGUCCGCCGCAGUGGCCGCCCAAACCGCCGCUGCUGCAGCCGCUACAGAAACAAAGGCCACCGCUUCCUCGGAAACCACCGCUGCCGCUACUAGUAAGGCCGCCGUGUUGGCCGCUGACGCUAGCAGCGCAGAAGCUGCCGCUGCAGCGGAGGCACAAUCCGCUUCGCGGAUCGCAGGUGCAGCAGCCACCGAGGGAUCUUCCAACUGGGCUAGCGCGAACUCGCAAACCGCACAACUGGAAGCUUCCGCCGCAGCGAAGGCCACCGCAGCCGCAGCUAUCGGAGAUGGAGCUGUUCUAGGACUUGGACGGGACGCUGGUGCCGCGGCUCAGUCAGCCGCUGAAGUUAAAGCCUUAGCUGAAGCUAGUGCCAGCUUAGAUGCUUUAGACAAGGACAGGAAUUGCCAAUGGCCGUAUAAAACGGGCAAAUCGUGUCCCAAUCGGCAUCAAUCUUGCGAAGCAGCCUCGAAGAUGAAGAUUCCAUCGAUACUCGCGGUGUCCCUGCUGGUUUGGGGUCUGGCCAGCGCAAGCAAACCACUCAUUGCCAAUGCGCAAGUAGGAAAGGUCAAGACCGAAACGUCAUCGUCCUCAGAAAUCGAGACGUUGGUGUCAGGAAGCCAGACAUUGGUGUCAGGAAGUGAGACAUUGGCUUCGGAAAGCGAGGCGUUGGCGUCAGAAAGCGAGGCAUUGACGUCAGAAACCGAGAUAGCGAGCUUGACAACUGCCACGAAGGACGAGCUCAUACUAAAGGGCGAACCUAUCCUUGGAAAGAAACUAGGAACCGGGGCGUCUGAAGUAGCGGCGGCCUCUGGCGAGGCUAUCGCAACUUCCCUUGGCGCGGGACAAGCUGCAGCAGAGGCACAAGCCGCCGCCGCUGCGCAAGCAAAAUCAGCAGCGGCAGCUGCCGCGAAUGCAGGUGAAUCCACCAACAGUGCUGCUGCGUUGGUUGCUGCAGCAGCAGCAGCACAAGGAAAAGCGGCUGCCGCCGCAGCAAUCGCGACGAAGGCUAGCUUAGAGGCCGCAGAGGCUGCUGAGGAAGCUGAGUCGGCCGUGGCCUCUGCCAGGGCUGCCUCCGGAAAGGCGGAAACGCUCGCAUCGACCGCCGCUGCUGCGAAUGCCCGUGCUGCUCUCCAAGCGGAAAAAUCGAACGAGCUAGCGCAAGCUGAGGCUGCAGCCGCCGCCGAAGCCCAGGCUAAAGCCGCCGCUGCUGCCAAGGCAACACAACUCGCCCUUAAAGUUGCCGAAAUUGCGGUGAAAACGGAAGCAGAUGCAGCAGCUGCCGCCGUUGCGGCCGCAAAAGCCAGAGCAGUCGCAGAAGCAGCCGCAGCUCGUGCGACCGCAGUGAACGCCAUUGCUGAGGCGGAAGAAGAAGCUUCGGCACAAGCGGAGAGCGCCGCUGGUGUAGCACAAGCAGCCGCCUCCGCUGCUGCGGAAGCACAAGCUUCUGCAUCUGCCGCUGCGGCGACUUCAGAGGCAUCCGCCGAAGCUGGUGCAUGGGCAGGAGAGCUUAAGUUACCUCCGUUGGCACGUCUUUCCCUAUUGAAGAAGGAAAACACCGAAGAAUGGUCAGUGAAGUAAGUAGGGACGAGGUACUCGAAGAGAUCUAGCUAAGGACGGCAAUACAGGAACAUUUCCGCAGAAGAGGUUCAACAUCUUCAAGCAGAGUAUAUUAUAGAAUAGAGCAGAAGCAAAGGAGAUGAUUAGAGACACCAGUUUAGUAAAUGCGAAUCGAAAUUGUACGGAUGACAUUAUUAAAUUGUUCUAGCAAAUGAGCAAAAAUUUCACUCUUCUUCCUGGCAUAUACCUGUUUCUUUGUUCCUUGCCUCACCGUCGUUAGGGAUCCAUGAUAGCGUAGAAAUUAAUAAUUCGCCAAACGUAUGUUAGGACAACCUCGUGGAAUCCCUGUAAUGUUAUUUAUAAUAUCAACAUCAUCAAAAAUUAUUCUCAAGGAAUGGUUGAACGUCGUGUAUUUCGAUAUAAGUCUGAACACGUACCUGUUUACAGAAAUGACAUUCAUGGUAUAAGACAGGAUCUCUAACGCUUGAAAUACCACGAACUUGUUCCGAGAUCGGUGAUUCAGAAGGUUACAGUCUCUUCACUCGGAAGAACGAUGCCACUAGGCAACUUUCCCUUUCUUCUUUACUUUCCUCCGUGAUAUCGCGCGAUUUUACUUUGCGAUCACUUUUCAUAAUUUCAGCUCGUUAAUUAUGCAUAACAGAAUGAUAAAACGCGAUUGCGCGGUUAAUAAAUUUAUCGUACACCGAGCAGGUUCGUGGUAACUGGCGAACGUUAAAGAAACGGUAUUAUCAGCUCCAUUUUUUUAAAGUUCGAUCGUAAUUUCUAUAUUGCGUACGGUUGUUACGUAAAUUAACCAUAAGGUACCUAGACCCGAUUAGCUUCCUACUUGUUGGCUCAAAUGGCCCGGAAGAAACUCUCUAUGGCCCGUUAUUAUUGUUUUCUUACGCGACAGUAGUGCUCUCGAGAGAACGCCGCUUCUUUAAUUGGCCACAAGAUACUGUAAUGAAACAGCGAAAGUUGGUUAAAAAGAAUAUAGUUUAACAGACACGAAACAUCGCCGUCGAAAUUUCUGCAUCAACCCUACGAAACGAGCACGCGUGUAUCCUAAUCGCUUGGCAAUUACCAUCGAGUAAGUAUAUGCGAUACGCUUUUACAAGUUUUUAUAAUGGCAAACUCGUGAUGUAGUAAGCGAUGUUUUGUGAAAGAUUCGACUGUUUCAGCCUCUAAGAGAGCGCAUCGUGCGUGGUAGAACGACGAAACCGGCGAACGAAAGGAGAACGGGUUAGCCCCAGCCUCUUUUCCUCGAAUACAAUGACGAUUUCGCGACACGUGACCCGAUCACGAACAAGUUGUUAGUCCCCUUUGUUCGACGUUGUAAAAUUGAUGCUCACUGAACUGAAUAUAAUAUACUUUGUCACGAAUUUGGAUUCAUAUAAACUUUUACUUCGAUUUGUACCUUAUGCUAAAAUUACGAUAGAAAACUUGAAUCAAAUAUCCAUAGAGCGCUAAUUAAUACAUUAGCUAUCGACGAUCUGUUGAAAGUACAAUUGGUUACAGAUGUAUUCUUCCAACUUUUAGUAACGUUCGUUAAACUAAUUAUUCUUAAUAUAUUACAUCGUUAUUUCUUCAUAAUAUUUAUGCCAGUGAAAGACUUAACUAAUAUAGCGCGUAUCUUUAUUAAAUCUUUAUUCUCCUAUGGAGAUAUCAAUCGUAUAGAUGCACUAAUUAAGAGAUCACGAAUACUUUUGGGACUCUCUCCUAAUUAAUCGAAUCAAGAAUACUUUGAUCACCACUAAUGAAUGAAUGAAAAUAGCGGCCCAAGAAACUUGGUAUAACAAAAUCAAAAAGGAAACGAGGAAAAAAAGGAUGAAAGAUCCGUAAACCAAAUGGUAACCCACUUUGUCAUAUGUAUCGCUCUCAAGUGGAAUACAUUGGUUGUGGAUUUGAUUCGAUUUACAUAUUUCGAUGGUGUGAGAGC